AUGAUCGUUGCAACUUCAACUCACUUAACUAUAACCGAUAGAGCUUCUGAUUCAAAUAAGUGUCCUCUCAAAGUGUCUUUAAUAGGAACUCCACAAGAAAAGCCAGCUGCAAUUGACAAUACACAAAAUUCUGUAAUUGAAAUGCUCAUAUCUGAUUAUAUUAGUCAAGAUUAUAAAUAUGCAAUCUAUGUAGUUUUUCCACAUGACAACCCACGGUUUGAACAUUUUAAAACUUCUAUCCAACCACAAGAAUCGAUUAUUUUUGUGGUUGGUCAAAUAGAAGUUAUAGAUAAUAAAUUUUAUGUCAGUGCAAAAGACAUUACUUACAUUAAUAUUAAUAUUUUAAAAAAAAAUUCUGACUCAGAACACCAAGUCCAAUCAAUUCCGCCUAACUCAACAAGAUCUAAACUUUUACACAUCCACCAGAGUAUUACUAAAAACUCAAAAGAUGCACCAAUUAUUCAGACAUCACCAAUAACUAUUUCAAGUGAUAUCGAAUGCGAACCUUCAGCAAAACGUAGAAGAUCUAAUCAAAGUGACCAACUUAUUGAUGAAGAAUUUGCUAACAAUAAUGAUAGUAAAUCUGAUCAAGAAGACCCUAAAAAACCAUCCAAAAAAAGCAAAUCACAAAAAAAUCAUACACCAAAUCGAACAAAAAAUAAAGAACGUCCUAUUAGAACUACACGUACCAAAAACCCACAUUAUUUAGAUAUUGAUAAUGACUCUAAUAAAUAA